GGAGCUGAGCCUUCACUUCUUGCACUUACCAUACCCUGGUGUUGCCUGGGAAACCCUGCAAUGGAAGGACGACCUAGGUAUCCUGGUCCCAGCUCCGUGCUCACACUAUGUCACAAGCGUAGCCCAUGGUCCCCACGUUGGUACCUCUGUGGAUCCAUGUGGAAUCCUGCUAGGAGGCUGAGGGGCACGGAGAAGGGGCUCAGUUUCCCCACAUGGCAUUCCCUUUCCUCUUGAUUUGGGGAAUACCAAAGGCUAGGCACCUCCUGGGCUAUUCUAACAGCUGGUGACAUAGGGACCCCAUGCCUGGGGUGGGGAACAGAAGACACAACAGACUCUGAUGAAAUAUGGACACACGUGCACGCACACACACACACACACACACACACACACACAUACACCUCAGAAACCCAGAUAAACAUGUGCGGCACAUGCAUGGGCCCAUGUGUGCAUUCACAGCCACACCCACCCUGGAUGGACAUGUGAGCAGGAGACAUCCUUGCAGGGGAAGGAGCAUGGGUUUUGAAAUAGACAAAAAGUCUAUUUCCUUGAAAAGUCUGUCUUCAAAAAGAACUCUAGUAUUUUUGGCCGUGACCUUGGUGUUUUAGGAGCCUUGGCUAAAAGAUCGGGGUGAGGGGGUCCUCCAUUCUCAUUGCCAGGUCCCCCUAAUCUUUCAACAGGAGUGAAGAGGGAGUGUUGGGCUACACUGAGAUGGCCUGCCCUGCGAGCUUAGCCCGCUUCUGCUGAGGCCCACCGGAGAGAGGUGGCCUCUUUCUCUCGCGGAGCCGUUUCAAAGCAGCAGGCACGCAAGGCUGCUCGUGACAGCACAGCGUGUGAACGUCACAGACCAGCUCGUGUGUUGGCACCUCCCCUCGUUAUGACCUGUACAAACCGUGUCCUCGCCUGAUGCAUCUCGCGUGUUGUGAGGAGUAAACAGAGUGACCUGUGGCCAGCACUUUGCACGUGGACAGCUUGGAACAAGCCCUUGGGAAGUGCUCACCGUCGCCCGGCCUGUGGCUGCUUGCGCCUGGGACCGUGUUUCCCCCAAGCCUGUUUAUCACGGCCAUUUGCCUCCGGAUGAGGGGGACGUUGCCACGUGUUAGCUAGGGCAGUUUACUGUCUAGGCUGUUUUCUAAUCUGUAAAAUUGGGAUAACGAUAGCACCUACUUCCCGGAGUUGCUUCAAGGACGGAUUACUUGUAUGUAGCAUUUUGUUUCCUGCAGAUAGUAAGCUGUUGGUAGCCGCUGUUCGUAUUGGGCGUAUUACGUGUGGCUAUAAUGCAGUUGCAAGCUUCACAUGCAUACGUAAAACACGUACCCGGUCAGGAUUGCAAACAAGCAUAUGCAGACACCUCUCCCUCACACUGCCAUCCCCCACAGCCAGGAAACCCAUAUCGGAGGCGGGCCAGAGUCUCUGUGAGACUUGGCUGGGUCCGGGCCCUGGCUCAGAUGUCAGGUCCCUGCAUUAUUGAGCUCAGGAGCCUUUGUCUCCUCCUCAUUCCUGGUCCUCCCUUCUCCACGCUCCAGCAGCAGAGGAGAGGAGGGAGGGGACAUCUGCCCUGGCUCCCCAACCCCAUGGAACAGGCAGCCGCCCCUGGCGGCCGAGGGCUCCCUUGUAGCCAAAAGCAGGCCUUAGCUCUGUACCAGCACCUCUUUAGAUGCCCUGCGGGCCUGGGCCCACUCCAGGCUGCGCUGCAGCAGGUGCAAGAGAGUCGGGCCUGUCCCUCGGGACUGGAGCUGCCCGCUGUGUUGCUGGAGAUGGAGCGGAGCCGGCGGGCCCAGGAACAGCUCCUGUGGGACUUGGAGCUGCUGACUGGGGCGGGGCUGGGCCUCUUCUGGCCCCCCCGGGCCCAGUUCUGCGGUCUGAGGGACCGGGCCCAGUGUGCAUGGAGCCAGCGCAGCAAGCCCCGCGGUAGGAUGGGUAGGGGCCCCGAGCAGCCGAACAGCUGGAGUUCCAGCCCAUGCCCAUUGCCUCAGGCUGGGGACUCCCUGAGCCAGAACCAUCAGCUUCCUGAGGGGGGGCUGGCGGUAGUCCCAUCAUCAGCCCUGGAUCUGGGUGAAGCUGCGAGUCACAGAGACCCAAGGCGGGCGAGCCCUGCUCUGCCUGCAGAGUCCACACCUGGCUGCCUACAAGAGCUGAACCCCACCACCAGCUUUGGGGACCCAGGAAGUUCUGAGUUCAAGAACCUGGCCCAGAGGGCAGAGAGGAGACAAGCAGGACCCACAACCCAGAGGCCCUGUCAACAGCCAUCCGUGAAUGUAGGCGGUCGAAAGCUCACUCAGGGAGCCCCAAGGCUCUGGGGCCUGCCCUCCCGGGGCCUGCCAGAACCCCAGGUUCCCCUGGAGGGGCUGGGCUGGAGCCUGGGCCGGGAGAGAGCAGAACUUCAGAAACUGCUGAGGAUCGAGAUUCCUCAGAGGCAGAGAGAGGGGGACCCUCAGGAGCAGAAAGAAGAGAGCCCCCAGGGUCAGAGAGGGGAAGCCUCCCAGGGGGAGAGCAAAGUUCCUUCCGGACACAGAGAGAAGACACGCCAGGGUCAGUGUGCGGAGGCCACUCAGGCUCUGAGGGAGGAGGUCUCGGAGUAUCCCAGGUGUGAGGCUCCCCAGAGUGAGAGGAGAGAGUCUCCUCAAGGUCAAAGAGGAAACAGCCCUAAGUGUCAGAGAACGGAGGUUCUCCAGGAGACACAAGACCCGGAAAUGAAGACCCUUCAGACUUCCCCAGGCCCUAACUGGGAGGUGGCUGAGGGAGAGGUGCCUACACAACCCCCGGAGGAAGGCGGCUCCCUGGGAAUUUCUAGGGAUCUCUGUAGGUCCCUGGGAGAACAGAUGCCACAGCAAAGGGGUAGGGAGAGCCCUGGCUCCGGGGAAAGGGCCGCCCAGCGGCGAGAGUCAGCACCGGGCGCGGGAGAGCAGAGGGCCGCCGGGGAGCGGGUACGGACUCCCCUUCCACCCCCGAAGCCCCCGACCCGGCCGCUGCUCCCAAGCCCAGGGGCCGAGACGCUAGAGGCCCCAAGCACUGGGAGCUCGGGGCAGCAGGAGCGCCCCGCAGCUCCCCGGGGGCACCCAGGGCUGGUGCCCGACCCGCACGGGCUUCAGGACCGGGAAGAAAGCCCAGGCCCGGCGGAGCAGGUGCCGGACGCCGGCGGGGAGCCGAGGGGCGACGCGGAGGCCCCCAAGGCCUCGAAGGCCGCGUGGCCCUGGCCCCCGGGCAGGGAGAAGGCGUCGGCGGGCGUGAGCGCGGUGCAGCAGGAGACCGCUCUGCAGCGGCUGCUGGAGCUGCACCGCGCGGCCAGGCGCCGGCGGCGGCAGGAUCGCGAGCAGCAGCGGCUCCGGGUCUUGGAAUGCCUCCGCAUCGCCAGGAACCGCCACUGCCGGGUGCACCCUCUGGGGCCCCCACCCAGCCCAGCUCAGCUCCAGCCACAGGAGGACGCGGCGGGGCAGCGGCGAGCCCUGCGGCAGCAGCUGCAACAAGUGCAUCGGGAGAGGACCCGGCGGCUGCGGGCCCUCGGGGCCAGGAACACCCAGAACUUCCAGCAGCUACUGUGGCCUCGCACUGAGGACCCUUUGCCAGGAGAGGAGCCCUCGCCCUUCGCAGCCCCAUCUAGUCAUUGCUGAAUCCUCAAAGGGAUGAUUAAAGAGAUGAGGAUUAAAGAAAAAGCAAGUGCAGGUUAGAGGGAGUUCCAAGAAAGGCUCCGAACGCCGCCUCGGGGCCUGGGAGGGCCAGAAACACACACAGCAGCUCAGUCCCACUAGAAGGCGUGUUAUUUCAUCUUCCCUCCCCUAACUCCACUGCCCGGCCAAGGUCAGAGAGCCAGGUCCCGGGGGUCAAGCAGUGCGAAGGCCCCAUUCUUUCGGAAGAAUGAUUCGAUGCGGCACGUCUUACAGGAGACCAGUUCUUGCUUCACCGGGGGGCCUGGGAAAAAAUGUCAGAGGCCAGGAAUGAUGGGUCCUGGGAAAGGGAACUUGGCCAGAGCAUGGGAGCCCUGCCUUCCUAGCCCUAGGAAUCUGCCUGUAUUGUAUCCACUUUGUAUCCUUUGUGAAGGAAUAAAAAGUGCUUCUGAGGAA